AUGGCACUAAUUAUCAGACUAUUGAAACAUUUUCUCAUUUUAUUCAUAGCAGAUGGCAUUUUGGUAAAUUUAAGGGUACUUGCUAAUGAAAAUUCUACAAUAGCGAUAAGUUUUGCGGUCCACGAAGUGGUUCCUGAUGUCAUUCCGCAGGCCCCUGACUCCUUUAUUUAUGUUGAAUAUCCAAGAGGAGUAUACGCCAAUGGAGGCAACCUGUUAACGCCAGCUCUGGCAAAGAUCAAACCCAUCGUUGCUUGGAACGCAGAUCCCAACCAGUUCUACACACUCGUCAUGAUUGAUCCUGACGCACCAUCGCGCCAUAACCCGAAGUUCCGUGAGUGGCAGCAUUGGCUCAUAGGCAAUGUGCCAGGCUCUGAAGUAUCUCAAGGCGUGGUACUUUCUGAUUAUAUAGGUCCAGCUCCUCCCCUCGGCUCUGGACUGCAUCGAUACGUAUUCUUAGUCUACAAACAACCCCACAACCUGACCUUUGAUGAGCCCAGGCUAAGUAAAAGUUCCUCCGUGAAUCGUACAUUGUUCUCUGUUGUCAAUUUCGCCAAUAAGUACAACCUGAGCGAUCCUGUAGCGGGCAACUUCUUCCAAGCUUAG